GGCAUAUUUUGGUACGAAUCUUGAAGUGGGCCAACUGAAGUGGGAAGGGGCUCGCAGUUAAUCGAGUAGCAAAAAUAAUAUUUACUGAAAAAAAUUCUUUGAGCGAGUCUUAGAUUACGAAUAAUUUUAAUUCCCUUUUAAGCGUUUUUUAGUUCUGGUGGUCUGAAAUUGCUUUUAAGCAUCUGACACGUAUGUACGCCAGCAUUCGUGAGGUGGUACCACCUCCGCCAACGGAAAACCACCUAAUCAUAACAAUGCGCAGCACUUUCAACGAAAUCAUUCUCUCUAUUUUCAGUAUUCGUGAAUUGUAUCGAAUACCAGUUUACGCUUGCAUAUGAAAAUAAAAUAAAUUUCACUUUAUGAAAGUAUAGACAAAUUAUCUGGUUCACGGUACACGAUCAACUGAUAUCAAUGACAUACCAACAAAAGUAGGUAGACGGCGUACCGCGAAACUCUGAGCGGUAAAUUAACAAAAAAUCAAGCCCAUGUUCUCCUUACCGUAAAAGUUAUCUAAUCUAUAAUACCCAUUAGUUUAAAAAUGCCAACAUAUUAUUUACAAUAUGCACAACGUGGUGCUUGCGUUCGCUGCGUGGCCUCCAAUAUUGUUAACAUUCUGUGAUAUUGUUUAUAUUCAAACUGUGUAGUGCUCAAGUAUGUUUUCCACAGAGCUGUCUGGUGACCUGAAGGAGUUAAUCAAAAGGAUAACGCCGGGUUUCGAGGAGAAUUUGGUCCGAGCAUUUAAAAAUGAAGGACUUAGGUAUCAGCAAAGUACGAAUAACAACAGGAAUGUUAAAAAAUUGGAUAGUGUUCUUGUAUCGGUGGACGAUACCAAAAUCGAACUGGGAAAUUUGAAGUUCCCUUGGGCCCCGGAUUUCCGGAUAAUCAAACUGUCUGCCGACCUAAGCAUGCUAUGUCUGGAUGUCGCCUUCAAAUUGGGAGACUUGAGGAUAGAGGGAGAAUACGAGGCGACUAACAUGACUCUACAGCGGCUGUUACCUAUCUCCAGCAACGGAAGGAUUGAGACAACCUUCAGAGAUGUAGUCACCAGAGGAAAAGUAGGACUAUUAAUAGAAGGUGACUCGUUUGUACCUGAGAACUACGAUAUUGAAUAUGAGUCUACUGAAACUUCAAUAAGUGUUAAGUACUAUAUUAAUAACCAGACUGAGAUUGAAAAUAAUGUAGUUAGAGCGAAGGAAGACGAUAUUAUAGGAAAUGCCAUUUGGAAGCAACUGAAAGCUAUACUGACCAGUAUUCUACAUAAGCAGUUAGGAGAAUCUAUUGUCCAGUUUUCGCUUACAGACCUGUUAGAAGAUGAAGAUCAAGAGCUACGGUAAGUAGAUGCUAGAUACCUUUUCACACCAUAACUCAAUCUGUUCGCUUUCCGUCUCUGUAACGAUG